AUGCCUGCUAUCCCUCACCGCCUCUUCCAUGACCUACACAUCCUUCACCGCCUCUCCCAUGGCCUACACAUCCUUCAUCGCCUCUCCCAUGAUCCACAGAUCCUUCACCGCUUCUCCCAUGAUCCACAGAUCCUUCACCACCUCUUCCAUGACCCACACAACCCUCACCGCCUCUUCCAUGACUUACACAUCCUUCACCGCCUCUCCCAUGACCUACACUUUCUUCAUCGCUUCUCCCAUGAUCCACAGAUCCUUCACCGCUUCCCUCAUGACCCACAAAUCUUUCACCGCCUCUCCCAUGACCUGCACAUCCUUCACCGCCUCUCCCAUGACCUUCACAUCCUUCACCGCCUCUCCCAUGACCUUCACAUCCUUCACCGCCUCUCCCAUGACCUGCACAUCCUUCACCGCCUCUCCCAUGACCCACACAUCCUUCACCGCCUCUCCCAUGACCCACAUAUCCUUCACCGCCUCUCCCAUGACCUGCACAUCCUUCACCGCCUCUCCCAUGACCCACAUAUCCUUCACCGCUUCUUCCAUGACCCACAGAUCCUUCACCGCCUCUCCCAUGACCCACAGAUCCUUCACCGCCUCUCCCAUGACCCACACAUCCUUCACCGCCUCUCCCAUGACCCACAGAUCCUUUACCUCUUCUUCCACUAUCCACACAACCUUCACAGCCUCUCCCAUGACACACUUGUCACUUGGGUAGCCACACGAUCGCUGGCAUUCUUUGGUUACCCCCUUGGUAGCCACGGAAAUACAGGCAUCCUUUGGUCUCUCAAAUUGGUAGCCAGGGAAACACAAGCAUCCUUUGGUCCCUCACUUGGUAGCCACACAAUCACUGGCAUCCUUUGGUCCCCUUUGAUAUCCACGGAAACACAGGCAUCCUUUGGUAGCCAUAUGAUCACUGGCAUCCUGUGGUCCUCUCUUGGUAUCGUGUGCCAGUGGUAG